AUGGAUCUUACUACUGAUGACGCGGGAGCAUACGAGUGUUACGUGGUCCAGAAAGGAGCGAACCACAGCAAAACAAUGAGUCUGGAUGGUUACUACAUCAGAGCCACCUACCUGACUGUUUCUCUUCAAAACCACAAUAACAGCAUAAUUAUUGGGGGAGACACGGCCACUCUAGAAUGUCAAGCUCCAAACAGCAAUGACCCCAUCAUAGCUGCAUUUUGGAUAAGACCUGACCUGGAGCCAGAAUAUGUCCUUUUUUACCAGGACGGAGAGAUUGAUACAGAUUAUCAGCAUCCAUUUUUUAAGAACAGGGUGGAUCUGAAGGACAGACAGAUAAAGGAUGGAGACGUGUCUUUGAUUUUGAAGGAUGUGACAGCUGAUGACUCAGGACUCUAUGUGUGUUAUGUUGACCAGCAAAAAACGAAACGAGCCAGUCUGUACAUUCACCCCAUCAGAAGCACCUACCUAACUGUUGUUCCUCCAGACCAGAAAAACAUCAUAGUUGAUUCUGGGCAGAACGUAAUUCUACCAUGUCGAGUUCCACUCACAAGUUUUAAGCCUAUCAUUACUGUAGUGUGGAAAAGAGCUGACCUGGGAGAAGAAUGUGUCCUUUCUUACCCGAAUCAGCGAUUUCAUCCAGAAAAUCAGCAUCCGUCUUUUAAGAACAGGGUGGAUCUGCAAGACAGACAGAUGAAGAAUGGAGACGUGUCUUUGAUUCUGAAGGAUGUGACUACUGAUGACGCGGGAGCAUACGAGUGUCAUGUGGUCCAGAGGGAAUUGUUGGGUUGGGAGAUAGCCAGUCCGAAAGGUCAUCGCAUCAGCACCAUCUAUCUGAGUGUUAUUCCGUCGAACAAAAAAAUCAUCAUAGCUGUGAUGGGACAGACGGUCACUCUGCCAUGUCCAGCUCUAAUCAGCAACAACCCCAUAAUAGCUGCAGAGUGGAGCAGAGUUGACUUGGAGCCAAAAUAUGUCCUUUAUUAUCAGGACUACAAGCUUUUUCCAGAUUACCACCAACAUCCAUCUUUUAAGAAUCGGAGAGGAGUGAACCGCAGGAAGAGAGCCAGUCUGGAUAGUUACCCCAUCAGCACCACCUACCUGAGUGUUGUUCCUCAAAGUGAGUUGGUAGAGUUCAGUUAG